CGCGCUGCGGUCCUGCGCAGUGAGCCCAAGGUGGCCGCCCUAACGGACCGGAUGUUUUGGGUUUCUGUCACAAUCACCGCGUAAGCGGGAUAAAGUCACUGUAACGCAGUGUCAGUGAUGGUGACAGCUCAUCCUACUUGAACUCCUGUGUUAACAGUGACACCACUCGUGAUUUGAUUGGACGUUGCAUCCGAUGACAUUUUAUAAUCAAGUAGCAUAACAGAGGACAAUAGAUGACUUGCUGCGCUGUGGGAUUUGCUUUGAGUAUUUCAACAUUGCAGUGAUAAUCCCCCAGUGCUCUCACAACUAUUGUUCACUCUGUAUAAGAAAAUUUUUGUCCUAUAAAACUCAGUGCCCAACUUGUUGCGUGGCAGUAACAGAGCCAGACCUGAGAAAUAAUCGCCUCUUAGAUGAACUGGUAAAAAGCAUGAAUUUUGCACGGACUCGCCUGUUGCAGUUUGCUUUAGAGUCACCACCCAUAUCUCCUGUGUCUUCCACCUCAAAGAAGGUUGUUGUUAAAGUACAUAAUGCUGAAGCUACCCAACACCCUGUCAAACAGGGAAACAGGUUAAUGGAUAAGUUCCUGAUUAAAGAAACUGGUGAUUGUGUAUCUGAGUUGUUGGGAAAAGAAAAUGAGAGGAAAUUCAGCCCUCAAAAAGAGAUAAGUGCAUCUGCUGAGAUUAAAGAGACAAGUCUCCUAGGAAAGCCAGUACUUGGUCUCUCGGAUGCUAAUGGUCCUGUGACACCCUCUACAUCCACUAUGAAACUGGAUACUACUAAAGUGUCUUGUCCUGUUUGUGGGGUCAGCAUUCCAGAAAAUCAUAUCAAUAAGCAUUUAGACAGCUGUUUAUCACGUGAGGAGAAGAAGGAGAGUCUUAGAAGUUCUGCUCACAAAAGGAAGCCGUUGCCCAAAACUGUAUAUAACUUGCUCUCUGAUCGUGAUUUAAAGAAAAAGCUGAAACAGCAUGGCUUAUCUAUUCAAGGAAACAAACAGCAGCUUAUUAAAAGGCAUCAGGAAUUUGUGCACAUGUAUAAUGCCCAGUGCGAUGCUUUGCAUCCCAAAUCAGCUGCUGAAAUCGUCCAAGAAAUUGAAAGCAUGGAGAAGACCAGGAUGCGCCUUGAAGCAAGUAAACUCAAUGAAAAUGUCAUGGUUUUUACAAAGAACCAAACAGAGAAGGAAAUAGAGGAAAUUCACAGUAAAUAUCGUAAAAAGCACCAGAAUGAAUUCCAGAUUCUGGUAGAUCAGGCCAAAAAAGGAUAUAAGAAAACUGGCAGAGUUUCAAAAGCUGCAGCAAUGAGAAAAGAUGAAUCUGCAGAGACACUGCCGUCUGAAUAUGUGGUCAAAGAAGAACAGCAGGAACCAUUGCAAAACCAUUGCAUCCUGUUUGCUCCCAGCCUCUCAGCACAAGAAGAUAAUGUGAGCUUCUCAGAUACUGUCUCAGUAACAAACCUCUUCCCUCAGUCCAAGCUGGACUCCCCAGGGCCGUCGGAGCCCGAGAGACCAGAUGACUCUUCUAGUUGUACUGAUGUCCUUCUCUCCUCAGAGUCAGAUUCAUGCAACAGUUCCAGUUCCGACAUCAUAAGAGAUCUUCUGGAAGAAGAGGAAGCCUGGGAAGCAGCUCAUAAAAAUGAUCAGAACAAGGAAGUAAGCCCACAACAGAGUCGCCGCACUAGAGCGACUGAGCGCGUUGAGAUUGAACCAAGAAACAAGCGGAAUAAGAAUUAGUAUGGGCUCUUGCCAGCUUUUCCGUACAGUGACCUGAAUAUGAUAUUUUUAUUGCCGUGUGUGAUUUCAUAUUUAGCAAUAUCUAAGGAAGAUUUUUAAGUCUAAAUUCAAUUCUAGUUAAUUUAUUUUCAUUCUUCUUUGCCUUCCUGAACAACAACAAAAACAAAAACAAAACAAAACAAAAAGAAAAGUUCUGAACUGACCCGUCUUGGUUAAUCGCAUCCUUCUUUUCCUUUAAGAAGUUCCUCCACUAAAAUCACAUUCACCAGCUUUGCACAAUGUAUACAUUCUCUAGCAGGAGUGUUUGCCUUGGUUUGACUUCUCUAUUUCAGGAUGUUUUAAAGUCUUUUUUCAGUUUUUUUUUUUCCAUUGGGGAGCAAAUGUCAGAAGCAGUGUUGACAGUAGCGAGCCUACCGCUGAGAAUAGGCACGCAUUUGUCAUCCACACACGCUUGGAAGCGCCUGGUGCCAGGCUGCCAGCAGCUUCUGCUUAGCACCCAAGCUGCAUGUAUUUGUUAAGCACACCUGUCUUUACAUAUAGAGUAGGUUUAUAGUGGAAAGUCACAAAGUUAGUUUUAUGGUUUUUGAAAAGCCAGGGAAGUUAGUAUUGUGAUUUAAGGGACAGUCACAAUGACUGUGAAGCAUAUGUAUGUACCUCUGAAGUAGCACUUAAAUAUUAUUACUCUUAGUAUUUCUCCACUGGUGUCAGGAAGAUCUCCAGCUGUUAAACAAACAAAAAAGUGAAAUAAAUGAUUUUAUCAAUGAAUA